AUGGGUAGAUCUAAGUCGGUUGUAGCGAGAGGAAAGGGGGAGUCGGGAUCCACUCGGGUUAAGUCCCUUAACCCGAUAUAUUCUACUGUGGUGGAUCCGGCGGCGUUUGUUGAACUUGCUGGUUUGCCGCCGUCGGCGGAAGUGAAGAUUCCCGGCUCGGACGAGGAAGCCUUUGACUGUCCAGAGGGGUAUGUGGUUAUGUAUGAGUAUCCGUUCACAAUUGGCUUCAAAUUUCCUUUCACUCCUCUGGUUAGGUCCUUUAUCGAGGUUUUCCAUUUGAGCCCGGGUCAGUUGAUGCCCCAGAUAUGGCGGGUUUUCACGGUGGUGCACGGAGUUACUGCAAACUGGCGUAUGCCGUUUGACCUGUCUGACUUGAUGUAUACUUACGACCUAGCGCUGCAGAAGUGUUGUAGGUAUACCUUGGUCACGAAGAAGGGGAAGACGAACUUAGGUGUUGGUUUAGGUGUGAACGACAGGGGUUGGCAGAGUCGUUUUGUCUUCGUAGGCAAAGAUUCUCUGGGAGAUAAAGGGCGGUUUCUGGUCGAGGGAUGGACGACGGAAGUUGUCAAGGCGUCGUCGUUGACUGAGUUGAACGUUGAUUCUGAGGAUAAGUAUCGGAAAUUCUUGGGUUAUUCUGUCGAGGAUAGGUCUUUUAGUCGCGACGGGGAGUUUUUAGACGAGCAGGAGGUGAACCGGUCAGGCGACGUCGCCGAGGAGGAGGAAAUAGACGAGGAAUCAGGUCAACUGACUCGUCGUCGGAAAAGGUUGGGUUUGCUUGAAGAGGUAGUGGCAAACUCAUCGUCCGCCGAAGGUGAAGUAGGCGUUAUGGCUGACAACUCAGGUUAUUAUAUUUCUCUACCCUCUUUCUAUUUCUCAUAUCUCUCUCUUUCUGUAUAA